UUAAAAACACGCAAAAGCUUGGUAGUUGUGGUCAUUGUUAAGUUCGUUGUAUAAAUAGGCAGUGUUAGUUUGGAUUGACACAUUCGAUAGUUUGUCUUACAUCGUGUUGUAUCUCCUAAACUUAUAGAAAUUAACAUUUUGAUCUCAGAGCAACAGCAUGAAGGCGUUCGUUCCUUUAAUUUGUUUAUUGUCGCUAGCGGCCGCCGAAGCUCCUCUCGGCGACGGUUACGCCGCGGCUCGAUCCGGACAUGACCACAGCCAUGGUUCCCACUCCCACGGUUCCAAUCUCGGCCGUUCUCUCUCCACCGAAUACGGCCCCCCUGGGGCCUCUAGUCGGUCCCUAUCUCAGGAAUACGGGGCACCAAGCGCUAGAGGUCUCAGCCAAGAAUACGGGGCACCUAGUGCUCGAGGUCUGUCACAGGAAUAUGGAGCGCCAAGUGCUAGGGGACUCUCUCAAGAGUACGGAGCUCCAAGCGCCAGGGGACUAUCGCAAGAAUACGGAGCUCCAAGCGCCAGGGGACUAUCGCAAGAAUACGGAGCUCCAAGCGCCAGGGGAAUUUCGCAGGAAUAUGGUGCCCCUAGUGCCAGAGGACUCUCUCAAGAAUAUGGAGCUCCAAGCGCCAGAGGACUCUCCCAAGAGUACGGUGCCCCCAGCGCUAGAAGACUGUCUCAGGAGUAUGGAGUUCCCAGUGCCCGAAGCCCUUCUGAAGAAUAUGGUGCCCCGAGCGCUCGCGGCUUGUCUUCUACCUACGGCGCUCCUUCCCAAGAUUUCUCCCGUGGACUUUCUCAGGAAUACGGAGCUCCUGGACUAAGAAACGCACCUUCAGGCUCUUACGGCGCACCUGCCUUCAGAAAUACCCCGUCAGAUUCUUACGGAGUUCCCCUGUCUUCUGUUCUUCAAGAUUUCCGAUCAGCUCCUUCUGAGGCAUAUGGUGCUCCGUCAGCUAGAAGCUUUGGGUCUCCUUCUCAGAAAUAUGGCGCUCCUGCUCGUAACUCUUUCCGUUCGAACUCUCUAUCUCAAGAAUAUGGUGCCCCUUCCACUCGAUCUUACUCUGGCAAAAACUCUUUCAAAUCCGCUAAAGGCCGCUCUGGCUUCUCUACCUCCUCGUCUACAUACGGUGCUGCUAGUGGAAGGUCUUCCGACUCCUAUUCCCAAGGCCAUAAGGCUGGUUCUUCGUUCGCAAGCGCCCGCUUGUCGGAUACCUAUGGAGCGCCCGCUGCAGGGAGUCUCUUGGAUACCUAUGGAGCGCCCGCUGCAAGGAGUCUCUCGGACACCUAUGGAGCGCCCGCUGCAAGGAGUCUGUCCGAUACGUAUGGAGCACCGAACAGCAGAGCUGCCGGGUUAAAGACCGGCGCUUUAGCAUCCUCUUUCGCUUCUGCCAGGUCAUCCCCCUCCUCCAAAUACGGCGCCCCCUCCGCCUUCGACGCCAUGCCUUCUGAACAAUACGGGGUUCCUGAACAGUACGACUCUCUCUCCAGCCAGGGCUACGGGUAUGCCAGGGGCGCUCUUGAUGAGCUGCUGAACCAGGAGCCAGCGAACUACGACUUUGCUUACAAAGUGAACGAUCUCGAAUCUGGCAGCGACUUCGGACAUUCGGAAACAAGGCAAGAGAACCGCGCUGAAGGCAGCUACUUCGUGGUCUUACCUGAUGGCACCAAACAGGUGGUAGAAUACGAAGCCGACGAGCGUGGUUUCAAGCCCCGCAUCUCCGUGGAGCCAGCAUCUGGCGGAUACGACGACAACGCUAACAACAUCAGCCGCUCCGGCGAUGGACCUUAUUAACAACACUUUAAGGAUCAUUUUACUAUAUCAUCCGCAAAAGAAACUGAGGACGAGGUUAUAUCACUAUCUCUCUCACUCUUGCGUAAGCGUAAAUGAAAAGUUUUACGACCCCGGUCAUCAGGUUGGUUUGCGGAUAGUAUAGUCACUUGGGUCCUGAUCGGAAUGCGUUACCAUGGGUGCUGAAAGUUCCGUUUUUAAAAGUCCGUUCCAAUUUCAAGUGAGUUUCGAAG